AUGUUGACCAGUCUACUGGGUUCUCUAGCAUGGGCUAAUGUGAUCGAACCACGAGAAGAGAUUGGUGAAGCGCUCAUGCAAUAUGGAUACAACCCGCCACGUGUCAAUCCCGAUUAUUGUGUUGGCUUCCGUAUCACGUACCCCACUUUCCCUGGUCUCGUAUUCGAAGCGGGCUCUGUUCAAGAAUUAAAAUGGGAAUUGGAUGCUGGCAUUCCCCAUUCCCCUGAUAUCAUUACACGUAUUCGCAUUCUCAACAGCACCCAGCACAACCAAUACGUCAUUGGACAAAACAUCAAUCUAUAUACGAAUGGUAACCGAGGCGAGGUGAUGUUCCCUCUUCAUAUCGAAGACGUGACAGGCUACUAUCAUUAUCGUAUCAUGGUCAAUUAUCCAGGAACUUCAACCCAUUGUGUGUAUGAAUCGGUGCCAUUCAUGAUUGUGCAGAAUCCUUGGUCCAAGUAUUUUGCAGGGGGUGAACGUGGUGCAUUUGUCCCACCCGAAUUUCAACAACAAUUGGAUCAACAAGCACCGGCAGCCGAUGGUGAUACGAAGGAAAGCAGCAGCAGCAGCAGCAGCAGCAGUGAUGAUUCACCAAACGAGGAGUCGUCUAGUGAUAAUGAGGAGGAGAAGAAAAAGGUCGUUGAACCUGCUGUAGAAUCAGCUGUAAGCGAAUAA